CGCUUCCCAAACCCUGCAGAAACAGGCAUACAUCCAUCAUGAGCCAGCCCAAACCCAACCCCAUCAUCCUCCCCAGGCAAAAAAUCACCAACCAACCCUCCGAAUCCUUCCCUACGCCCUCAAACGGCCACAUAACAUGGCGCACCCUCCUCUCAGCCCCCCAAACCCCAAGCAGCGACAUGUGCGCCGGCCUCGCAGCCUGCCCGCCCCGCACCGGCUACCUGGCAUGCCACCGUCACACACAAGCCGAGAUCUACUACAUCACGGCCGGGUCCGGAGUGGUUGUUAUCGACGGGACUGAACAUGUGGUUUCGAAGGGAGCAGUUGUGUUUAUCCCCGGGGAUGCAGAGCAUGGGGUUAGGAAUGAGGGAGAAGAGUCCUUGGAAUGGUUUUAUGUCUUUCCUACGGCGGGCUUUGGGGAUGUGGUUUAUCGAUUUAGUCGGGAGACGAAGCUGUGAUGUAAUUCAGGGGCUUAGGUAUAUGAUCUCGGUGCCUGUAUAGUGGUGCGUAACAUUACUAGUUCUCUACUGAAAGAACUCGAAGUAUUAUAUAGUUAUUAAAAUGUUAUACAGCUAUAGUAUACCUCAUUACCAG